AUGGCUCCUUCCAAUUCUAGGGGGGCAUUCAAGGGCGGAUUAGAAAUAGAUGGUUCACAAUGCGGCGGCGACAGGGAAUUGAGCCGCGCUGCCCCUGAGAUGACGGCCAUUAAUAAUUUGGAUCCCCACGAACAAAGCGUCCAGGAAGCGAAUCUGGCAGGGAUGUUCCAUCUGAAGGGAUUGGGAAAUCGACGUGUCGCGGUCAUCCCCGAUCAGCCAGCCCUUGCCGGCGGAUUCGAAGAUGCUCAGUCCUCUCGUGCCUGGCAGAUUGUGAAUCCAUUGUGUCGGCCGGUUUCCCCGCGAUAUCUCCGGGCCCGUGCCUGCAUCUCUUCCCGUGUUCAGUUCAAUUUGACUCCAGUUCAAUCCACAAGACAGCACACGACAGGUCGUGUGAGUGGAUCCCACCGUGGAGCAUCAAUAGAUGAAAGACUGUGCCAGCUGGAAUGCUUCCCGCCCUCCUCCAUCGCUAUUGGCACACCUCUAAUCCACCCUAAACAAGGCAUCAAGAGAUCUCGGGCGAGUCCGGCUGCACCCACGGACCAGGUUCAUGCGCAUAACUUCCAUUCGACCUCGGUCUGGAUGGACUGUGAUCCACGAUCCCUUGCCCUUCCGGGAAUAGCCAGACCGAUUAGGUUGGCUUAG